CGCGGGUUAGACCUCAGUCAUACCGUGUGUCCCGGGCGCCGCCGGCGGAUUCUCCUCAGGACACGGUUUGAGCUGCGCUUGGAGCCCGAGGCCGGACUUGCAGCCAUGGCGCAGAUCUUGCCUAUCCGCUUCCAGGAGCACUUUCAGCUUCAGAAUCUGGGAAUCAAUCCAGCCAACAUAGGCUUCAGCACUCUAACCAUGGAGUCUGAUAAGUUUAUCUGUAUUCGGGAGAAGGUCGGGGAACAGGCUCAGGUGGUUAUCAUUGAUAUGGCAGAUGCAAACACUCCACUGAGACGUCCAAUAUCUGCUGAAAGUGCCAUCAUGAAUCCAGCCUCCAAAGUCAUAGCUCUGAAAGCGGGAAAAACCCUACAAAUCUUUAACAUUGAGAUGAAGAGUAAGAUGAAGGCUCACACCAUGUCUGAGGAGGUUAUCUUUUGGAAGUGGAUAUCUGUCAACACAGUGGCUCUGGUGACUGAGACAGCGGUUUAUCAUUGGAGCAUGGAAGGAGACUCGCAGCCACAGAAAAUGUUUGAUCGUCAUGCAAGUCUUGCUGGCUGUCAGAUCAUUAACUACAGGACAGAUGAGCAACAGAAGUGGCUUCUCCUGAUUGGCAUCUCUGCCCAGCAAAACCGUGUGGUGGGUGCAAUGCAGCUGUAUUCUGUGGACAGGAAGGUCUCGCAGCCCAUUGAGGGCCACGCUGCAGCUUUUGCGGAAUUUAAAAUUGAAAGAAAUACAAAGCCCUCAACUCUUUUCUGCUUUGCUGUUCGUGGUCAGGCAGGUGGCAAGCUGCACAUUAUAGAGGUUGGACAACCUGCCAAUGGAAACCAGCCUUUUACAAAGAAAGCUGUGGAUGUCUUCUUUCCUCCUGAAGCUCAGACUGACUUCCCUGUGGCUAUGCAGAUUGGAGCUAGACAUGGUGUGAUCUAUCUCAUCACAAAAUAUGGCUACAUCCACUUGUAUGAUCUUGAGUCUGGUGCCUGCAUUUACAUGAACCGGAUCAGUGCUGAUACCAUCUUUGUUACUGCUCCUUAUGAACCUACGUCUGGAAUCAUUGGUGUGAAUAAGAAAGGACAAGUACUAUCGGUUUGUGUGGAAGAAGACAACAUUGUCAACUAUGCUACAAAUGUCCUACAGAACCCUGACCUGGGACUACGUAUGGCUGUCAGAAGCAACUUAGCAGGUGCUGAAGAGCUUUUUGCACGGAAGUUUAACACUUUGUUUGCUCAAGGGAAUUAUUCUGAAUCUGCUAAGGUGGCUGCCUCUGCUCCAAAGGGAAUCCUUCGUACUGCAGAGACUAUCAGGAAGUUCCAGAGUGUACCUGCUCAACCUGGACAAGCUUCCCCUUUGCUUCAGUAUUUUGGGAUUCUGUUAGAUCUGGGUCAACUGAACAAGUUUGAGUCUCUAGAACUUUGCAGGCCGGUCCUGCAGCAAGGGCGCAAGCAGCUCUUGGAAAAGUGGUUGAAAGAAGAUAAGCUGGAGUGCUCUGAAGAGCUGGGAGACUUGGUUAAGGCUGUGGACCCAACGCUUGCGCUUAGUGUUUAUCUGCGUGCUAGUGUGCCAAACAAAGUCAUUCAGUGCUUUGCAGAAACCGGACAGUUCCAGAAGAUUGUCCUUUAUGCCAAAAAAGUUGGUUACACCCCAGAUUGGAUCUUUUUACUUCGGAGUGUUAUGAGGAUCAGCCCAGAUCAGGGUCUACAAUUCUCUCAGAUGCUUGUACAGGAUGAGGAGCCACUGGCUAAUAUUAACCAGAUUGUGGAUGUCUUCAUGGAAAACAGCCUUAUACAGCAAUGCACGUCAUUCCUGCUUGAUGCUUUGAAGAACAAUAGACCCGCAGAGGGCCAUCUGCAGACUCGCCUCCUGGAGAUGAAUCUGAUUCAUGCUCCACAGGUUGCAGAUGCAAUACUUGGUAACCAAAUGUUUACUCAUUAUGACCGGGCUCACAUUGCCCAGCUGUGUGAGAAAGCAGGACUGCUGCAGAGAGCUCUGGAGCAUUAUACAGACUUGUAUGAUAUCAAGCGGGCCGUGGUACACACGCACCUUCUAAACCCAGAGUGGCUGGUGAAUUUCUUUGGCUCUUUGUCGGUGGAAGAUUCAGUGGAGUGUUUGCGAGCUAUGCUGUCUGCCAACAUCCGGCAGAACCUACAACUCUGUGUCCAGGUGGCAUCCAAGUACCAUGAACAAUUGGGCACUCAGGCAUUGGUUGAGCUGUUUGAGUAUUUUAAGAGUUAUGAAGGGCUUUUCUAUUUUCUGGGAUCCAUUGUCAAUUUCAGCCAAGACCCCGAUGUGCAUUUCAAAUAUAUCCAGGCAGCUUGUAAGACCGGGCAGAUAAAGGAAGUUGAGCGAAUAUGUAGGGAAAGCAACUGUUACAACCCUGAACGUGUCAAGAACUUUCUCAAGGAGGCCAAACUUACAGACCAGCUUCCACUGAUAAUUGUGUGUGACCGAUUUGACUUCGUCCAUGACCUGGUGUUAUAUCUGUACCGAAACAACCUCCAAAAGUACAUUGAAAUCUACGUGCAAAAGGUUAAUCCCAGUCGCAUCCCAGCAGUGGUGGGAGGCUUGUUAGAUGUGGACUGCUCAGAAGAUGUGAUUAAGAAUCUCAUCAUGGUUGUACAUGGGCAAUUUUCCACUGAUGAACUUGUAGCCGAAGUAGAGAAAAGAAACAGGUUAAAGCUGCUAUUACCAUGGCUGGAAUCCAGAAUCCACGAAGGAUGUGAGGAACCUGCGACACACAAUGCUCUGGCCAAGAUCUAUAUAGACAGCAACAACAACCCGGAACGCUUCCUGCGGGAAAACCCUUUCUAUGACAGCUGUGUGGUGGGCAAGUACUGUGAAAAGAGGGACCCGCACCUCGCCUGCGUAGCCUAUGAGAGGGGCCAGUGUGACUUGGAGCUAAUUAAGGUGUGCAAUGAAAACUCCCUAUUCAAGAGUGAAGGUCGGUACCUCGUGCGGAGAAAAGAUGCAGAUCUGUGGGCCAGUGUGCUGGAGGAAAACAACCCAUUCAGGCGACAGCUGAUAGAUCAAGUGGUCCAGACUGCUUUAUCAGAAACUCAGGAUCCAGAAGAAGUAUCUGUGACUGUGAAGGCUUUCAUGACUGCGGAUCUCCCAAAUGAGCUCAUUGAACUUUUGGAGAAGAUUGUGCUGGACAGCUCUGUCUUUAGUGAGCACAGAAAUCUGCAAAAUCUGCUCAUACUGACAGCCAUUAAAGCUGACCGUACAAGAGUAAUGGAAUAUAUCAAUCGUUUGGAUAACUAUGAUGCACCAGACAUCGCUAAUAUUGCCAUUAGCAACCAGCUCUUUGAGGAGGCCUUUGCCAUAUUUAGGAAAUUUGAUGUAAAUACAUCUGCCAUCCAGGUCUUAAUUGAGCACAUUGGAAAUCUGGACCGUGCUUAUGAAUUUGCAGAGAGAUGCAAUGAACCUGCUGUAUGGAGUCAGCUAGGCAGAGCUCAGUUACAGAAGGACUUGGUAAAGGAAGCUAUCGACUCCUACAUUAAAGCUGAUGACCCCUCUGCUUACAUGGAAGUUGUGCAAGCAGCAAGCAAGAACAGUAACUGGGAGGACCUGGUAAAGUUCUUACAGAUGGCACGGAAAAAGGCUAGAGAGUCCUAUGUUGAAACGGAGCUCAUAUUUGCUUUGGCUAAAACAAAUCGCUUAUCAGAGCUAGAAGAAUUUGUCAGUGGUCCUAACAAUGCACAUAUACAGCAGGUGGGAGAUCGCUGUUACGAUGAGGGCAUGUAUGAUGCAGCCAAACUUCUUUAUAACAACGUGUCAAAUUUUGCUCGGUUGGCAUCCACUUUAGUGCACCUGGGGGAGUAUCAGGCUGCUGUGGAUAGUGCCCGAAAGGCCAAUAGUACCCGCACAUGGAAAGAAGUUUGCUUUGCUUGUGUGGAUGGCACAGAGUUUCGCCUGGCACAAAUGUGUGGUCUGCAUAUAGUGAUCCACGCUGAUGAGCUGGAGGAACUUAUCAGCUAUUACCAGGAUCGGGGAUAUUUUGAAGAGCUCAUUUCUCUCCUGGAAGCCGCCCUGGGCUUGGAGCGUGCUCAUAUGGGCAUGUUCACAGAGCUUGCCAUUCUAUACUCCAAGUUUAAACCUCAGAAAAUGCGUGAACAUUUAGAAUUAUUCUGGUCCAGAGUCAACAUCCCCAAGGUCCUGCGUGCAGCGGAACAGGCCCAUCUGUGGGGUGAAUUAGUCUUCCUAUAUGAUAAGUAUGAAGAGUAUGAUAAUGCCAUUAUCACCAUGAUGAGCCAUCCUACCACCGCUUGGAAAGAAGGUCAAUUUAAAGACAUUGUCACCAAGGUAGCCAAUGUGGAAUUAUAUUACAGAGCACUCCAGUUCUACUUGGAGUACAAACCUCUUCUGAUGAACGACCUUCUCCUUGUCCUGUCUCCACGUUUGGAUCACACGCGAACAGUCAACUACUUUUCCAAGAUGAACCAGUUACCCCUUGUUAAACCAUAUUUGCGCUCUGUUCAAAAUCACAACAACAAGUCAGUAAAUGAGGCUCUCAACAACUUGCUGACAGAGGAGGAAGAUUACCAGGGUUUGAGGGCAUCCAUUGAUGCAUAUGAUAACUUUGAUAAUAUCAGCCUGGCACAACGUUUGGAGAGACACGAGUUGAUUGAGUUCCGCAGGAUUGCUGCCUAUCUGUACAAGGGAAAUAACCGCUGGAAGCAGAGUGUGGAGCUGUGUAAGAAGGACCGCUUGUAUAAGGAUGCAAUGUUAUAUGCUGGGGAGUCUAAAGAUACAGAACUGGCAGAGAAGCUCCUUCAGUGGUUCCUUGAGGAGGGAAAGCAGGAGUGCUUUGCAGCGACACUCUUCACCUGCUAUGACCUGCUGCAUCCAGACAUUGUAUUAGAGUUGGCCUGGAGACACAAUAUCAUGGAGUUUGCCAUGCCUUAUUUUAUCCAAGUCAUGAGAGAGUAUUUAACCAAAGUAGACAAGCUCCAUGCUGCAGAGAGUUUGAGAAAGGAAGAAGAGCAAGUAACAGAGCCCACUCCAAUAGUAUUUGGUCAACAACUGAUGCUUACCGCAGGUCCUAGUGGUGUGGUGCCACCGCAGCCAGGCUUCGCGUAUGGAUAUACAGCACCACCAACAUUCACUCCACCUCCCCCUUCUGUUUCUCCUGGCUAUGGGUUCAACAUGUAAUAAGCAGUAUUUUUCCUUUUCCACAUGGAAUUCCCUGGAGGAACAGUUUAGCCCACACUUCAGGAGAUGACUGUAGUUCAUCUUGGACACCUUUAUUUAUUACAUUUGCUCUACAGACUUCACUGGGGCAGGCAGCUUUUCAGCCAUUCACUACCAUAGUUCAUGAAAUUUGUGUUUUUAUUUUUUUUCUGUAUGAAGGGAAUGGCCUGACGCUGAUGUGUCCCUACUGGUUUAAUGACUAUUACUUGUGCUAACGGAGCAACCAUUACGUACUGUAUAUCGCUCAACACAAAACAUGGCAGCUCAUGUUCGUGCACAAGCCCUUGCCAACCGCUGCAUCAUUAAUCCACCUUAAGUGGUCAAAUGGACAGUCACGCGAGAUGCAUAUCCCUUUCUUCUUCCAUCUCUAUAUACUGGAGCUGGAGUCACAAAAAAAAAGAAACUUUUAUUCGCAAACGUGUAACAUUUUACAAUAUCUUAUCAACUGUUUUCUUGCUGUUAUCAAAAAGGGUACUGUUUAGGAACCAUGCCAAUGUUUAAAGCUUGUACAGUAGGCUUAUGUUAGACUGGCAUUGCUUGUGUUGCAGUUUUGGCCUGCUACAAUUCACAUAAUAUCAAAUACAGUAAAAGUAUAAACCUCUUUAAACUCGCUCUACCCUUUGUGUGUCUGAUCAGAAUGGUUUACAGAAGAAAGACAAGGUUUCCUGUGUCAUGACCUCAAUAGCAAUACAACAUGGAAAUAUGUGAAGGUCUCCUUUUAGUAAAAGUAGGGUUAAUUUCCAUGCAGGUGAGAAUAGGCCGUCCAUUGUAGCCGUUCCGGUUAAUGUUUACUCCACUGACAUAUAGUUCGGCACCAGGUCAUACUACAAAGACUGUGUGUAAUGUCGGCUGUAAAUGUGAAUACUAUAUUCUCCUGACCUGUGCUACACAACUUUUAUGAAAUGACAUUUUAUUCUCAUACGUGUACGUUUAUAGCGGCAUAUUACAUUUUCAUGUUUCAAGUUUGUUUUUAACCCCCUUCGAGGUUAACGCCCUAGAGACUAAGCAUGUGCUCUGUACACAUCCUGCAACAAUAGAGAAACACUUCUCUCUGUCAUGUAUACUUUGAUGUGCAUGUCCUCCUUGGUUAGGAUGUAGAACCUGUGUAGAGACCACUGAGAGAUCUGUUCAACCAUGGCUCAAAUUCUAGAGGUCUACCCUGAAAGGAAUGCAAAGAGCUUGAAAGUUAAAAUGUAACAUUGUGUGGUGUGGUUGAAGAGCAGAUGCAAUUAAAAAUGUGUGUAUAGGUUCACACAAAGCAUUUUAAUCUGCUUUUCAUGGUUUUACUUCUAGGAAAUACACCUAUAGAACCCAACAGUAAAGAAAAAAAAUGCUUUUAGAUUAUUAUUUUUUGUGUGCAUCAUUUCCUGAUUUCCCUCACAAAAAACAAAAGACAAUAACACAAAUUUUUGUAAAUUGUUUUACCAACAUUAGGCGUUUAGCCUUCAAAUAGGCUGGAAUGAAGUCAUACACAUUAGAUUAAUGCUGAGCCUAUUUCAUCCGUGUUAAAGUGUGAAUGUGUGCCAUGACGUCUGGUCAUUUUGCCCGUUUGCCACUGCAGCUUGUUAUCCUCCUUUCUGUUAAACCGCUUGCAUGUUUACAUGGGGGUGUUGGAGGAUAGAACUAGGUUUGAGCGAAUCGAGCUUUGGGUCAAAGAUCCGAAUUCGAUUCAUUCAAAAACUUCAGUUUUAAUGCUGUUUCCGUACAGCAUUAAAAUGAAGUGACGCAAGACUUGCUUGCUUCAGUAUUCCUAUGUGCGUAUUAAAAAAAACUUUUUCAAAUAGGAAUCUGAAGGGAGCAUUGGUACUGGCUGGUACCUUGGUAAGUAACCUUUUGGGGUUUCUUUAUUUUAUAACUAUUACUGUAGUUUCACUUUUAAAACAAUCAGACAAGCCUGUUAAUAGGUGACUGUGUACUGCGUAAUGAAUUUAACAUAUAAACUGUAUGAUCCUGGUGGUGAGAAUAGGCCAACAGUACCGCGAACUCGGAGAAGCCAUUAAAGUUUGUCUAUGAAGGGGAUUUGAGCUUUGUGUCCUAACAGCUGUGACAUCAUAUAAGGCUAUACUAAGAAAUUAAAUGGCACAAAAUGUUGUACCUAUAGAAAUUAAAAAAAUGUUUCAUGGUGAGCAUUGAAAAGGAAUUCAACACGGAUAUGUUUUUUAAAGACAACCUUACCACACUGGACCUGAGAAGGGAAGCAUACUUGCAUGCUAUCUGCCACUCUGUUUCAGCUCUGUGGGUCUAUCUAUCGCUUUCCUAACUGUGCUUCGAUUCCAGCAUGGAUAUGGUCAUGUCUGCGCGGCAGCCAAUGACUGGCCUGUGUGGUGACAUGGUUCCAAAUCACACGUAACUACUUGGGGACAUGUCAUCAGUCCACGCUGAAAGUUUACAUGCAGGGAUCAAAGUGCAGUUAAUAACAGAGAAUGAAGCCAAAAGCUCCAUCCACUUUGUAGUGACUAUAUUGGCUUUAUUGCAGCUCAUCUACCCUUCACUUGAAUGGCAGCUGGGCUGAAGUAUGGGGCUGCCGGAUGUGGGACCCCCCCCCCCAAAUCUGAUUUUAAGGACCCCAACCACACCUUUUAAUGCACAAAGUCAGAUCUUGAAAAUCAUACUUAAAGUGCUAGAUGCUUGCUUGAUGAAUUUCUAAUUUGACACAGUACUGACCACCUCAGUGUUCUUUUCAUCUUUUAUGGGUUUUUUAGUGUUGCAAAUUUUACUUGUUGACUUUGGUCUAUGCCUGUUAAUCCAUAUCAUUUUAUGUACUGAAAUUAGAUUUAUCUGUAUAAUUUAUGGCUAUGGAUGUUGUGCUAAUCAUAAAUAUAAUGGGUUAAGCAUUCAGUUAUAAGAGUGUAUGCUGAUGAUCCCUGUCCCUACUGUAUUUUGUGUACAGAAUGCCAUGGCUGCUGAAUUACAUGUACUCUGCCUGCAUAUGUAAUGGUUAAAACUGGAACCUCAAUAGAAUAUGUACUAAAUUAUGGGCUGUUCAAAAUUUCAAUGAAAAUCGUUCCGUAUUUUCUGACCUCCAUUUGAAUAAAUCCUAAAUAUUAGUGUUA